AUGCCUAAAGACGCCAAAUCCUAUGCGCCACGGAUAUCGCCUAGUACGUGGGAGCAACACCGAUGCAGGAUCAAGAUGUUGUUCGUAGACCAAGGCAAGGCCCUGAGCAAGGUCGCUGAGACCAUGAAAACAUAUGGCCUCCAUGCAAGCGAAUCGCAAUACGAACGCCAACUCAAGAUAUGGGGCAUACGAAAGAACCGCACAAGAGACGAAUGGCGUCUCAUCAAUCGCGUGGUGGAAGAGAGGCGUCGCCAGGGAAAGGACAGUGCUGUCUUGAUCAACGGUGUUGAACAGUCGAAGGAGAAACUCGAUCGGGAGUUUGCAAGGAGUGGCUACCGUGACUAUGGAGGUAUGGCCAAGAUCAUAGUCUUCCUAGAGACGUGCAAGUAA